CCUAGUCCCACAACUACAACUCCCAGCGUUCCUUUCGCGCCGCAUCACUGUAUCCGCUUAUGAAAGCGAGGCCGCAGGAGGAACAGCACUGAGCUCGAGCUCUCGAUCAAAGCCGAGAGAAGAGGAGUAAGGUCUGUGGAGACAUGUAAGAUGGCAGAGCUGCAGAUGUUACUAGAGGAAGAAAUUCCCGCCGGUAAAGGAGCCCUCUUAGAGAGUUACCAGAACCUCACCAGGGUCGCGGACUACUGUGAAAACAAUUAUGUUCAGGCACAGGAUAAGAGGAAAGCCUUGGAGGAGACCAAAGCGUACACCACCCAGUCCCUGGCGAGCGUGGCCUAUCAGAUCAAUGCCUUAGCCAACAAUGUGCUGCAGCUGCUGGAUAUACAGGCCUCACAGCUGCGCAGGAUGGAGUCCUCUAUCAACCACAUAUCUCAGACUGUGGACAUCCAUAAGGAAAAGGUUGCCCGGCGAGAGAUUGGCAUCUUGACUACAAAUAAAAACACAUCAAGGACUCAUAAGAUCAUCGCUCCAGGAAACUUGGAGCGGCCUGUGAGGUACAUCAGGAAACCCGUCGACUUCACAGUACUGGAUGAUGUGGGCCAUGGAGUCAAGUGGCUUAAAGCCAAGCAACACGGCAACAAUCCAUCAAUCAGAGGAGGUACUCUUUCUAGGACCAACCCACCAACACAGAAACCCCCCAGCCCACCCCUAUCAGGACGAGGCACUCUUGGGCGUAACAAUCCUUAUAAAACACUUGAGCCGGUGAAACCUCCAACAGUUCCCAACGAUUACAUGACGAGUCCAGCACGCUUGGGCAGCCAACACAGUCCUGGACGCACUGCAUCGCUCAACCAGAGACCGAGAACACACAGUGGCAGUAGUGGGGGUAGCAGCAGUCGAGAGAACAGUGGCAGCAGCAGUAUUGGCAUUCCCAUCGCUGUGCCAACUCCUUCCAUUCCCAACUCAGUCCCAGUCACAUCCAUGUCAUGGGUCCCUCCCUUUGGAGCCCCUGCCCCUCCUCCUCCACCCCCCCUCCCUGGGCAGGGCCCACCAAUGCCAGCUGCUGUUUUAGUGGCUCCAGGGCCGGGUCUUGGGCCCAUCCCCAUGUCGCAGUUCGGCACAAUAUCUCGGCAGAUAUCCCGACACAACUCCGCCACCUCUUCCGCCUCCAUGAUUUCGGCCACGGGUACAUACAGACGAGCGCCGUCUGUCUCAUCCCAGUUCUCCCUGCAGCAGACGCACGUUAACGGGGGAACAAGUGCAAUGUCUAUCGCACCCCCUCCACCACCCAUGCCCCAGCUCACCCCACAGAUCCCACUCACAGGCUUUGUGGCCAGAGUUCAGGAGAACAUUGCAGAGACCCCGACUCCACCGCCUCCACCUCCCCCAGACGACAUGCCCAUGUUUGACGAGGCCCCGCCUCCACCCCCACCACCGCCAGCCGACUACGAAGAUGAAGAGGCAGCUGUAGUGCACUACAGUGAUCCGUACGUGGAUGAAGACCCACAGUGGGCCCCCAAGUCCUACAUUGAGAAAGUGGUGGCCAUCUAUGACUACUCCAAGGAUAAGAAUGAUGAGUUGAGCUUCAUGGAAGGAGCCAUCAUCUACAUCGUCAAAAAGAAUGAUGAUGGAUGGUUCGAGGGAGUUUGCAACGGUGUCACAGGUCUGUUUCCAGGCAACUAUGUGGAGUCAAUCAUGCACUAUGCCGAUUGAAGGGACCAUACUUCAUAAUCGUAUCAAACGAAUACCCAAUCAAUCCAAUUUAGACCACAGUAUGAACCAGUUUAUAAGGAUGGCAGAAUGUUUGUUCCUGACAAAUGGCGAAUCUGUGACAUUCAAAAACAAAUCUUUUAACUUUUAUUUUGUGGUGAUGGGUGGAUGUGGGGGAAAUUGGGGCGGACCAACAAUUCAAAGAUCAGAGGAAGUGAGUGUACAUAAAGGGAAUGGGUGUAGUGAAUGUCAAUCACAGUAUAUUGAGCGGUCAAUACCACAUUUGAACAUGUAAAGUAGAUGAUUGUCUCUGCUUUUAUUAAAUGUCCAAAUAAAAUGUAUUCCUUUAGCUCCCCCCUCAAUGCACAUUUGUUUUUAAACAUUUUGGAUGCAAGAAUAACUCAUUUAUAAUCAAAUUUGUUUUAACGUUUUAUCACCAAAUCAUAAAUGUUUCGAAAUUUUGACGUAAAGCAUGCAUUCCAAAUCAAAAGAUAUGUAUUGUAACAUAAACCUUUAAUUCCAUUCUGCUUCCAUCAUUGUACUAUUUGCAGUAAACUUGAUUUUGUUUUAUUUUUUUUAUAGAGAUAUUUGUAGACUACUUAUUUUUAUGCUGACAUGUUUUGUUUUUCUUUGGGUAAUGAAUGCAAAGCACAGAAUAACAUUUAUUUUAUUUUUUAAAGACUGGACAAAAUCUCACCCUCCAUUUUAAUUAUGAAUUUGGUUUCAGUUGUUAACAUUAGCAUUCAAACUCACAAUGAACAAUUUUUUUUUAAAGAAUUUAUUCAUCUCGGUUAAAGUUGUAAAUGCAUAAUGCAUUUACUAAUGUUAGUCUGUUAAAUGUAUAAAUAUCUAAUAUACAAAUUUCAUUAACCAGGAUUUAUAAACAUUUAAAGGAUUGUUCAUUGUGUCAUGUUGUUAUAUAAUGUUAACAUGAACAAGCUGAUUGUAAAGAGUUACCAUGAUUUAUUAAUUUUUUUCCACAAAGACUACAUUAUUUUCUACAAUGAGCAAUUAUGAAUUAUAUGUAAAUGGCUUAAAUAUUUAGACUGCAAAGUGUCUAAAUCGGGGCUGGACUGGUAAUCUGGCAUACCGGGCAUUUUCCCGGUGAGCCGACGCACUUUGGGGCCGAUCAGGGGUGGACCGGCCGAAUAGGCCGCGAUACGCGAAAAUGUGCCGCCGCAUUAUGCGGAACGGACCACAAAACAGCGCCGUGAUGUUCAGAAAAGGACAGUGAAUAUCCGCCCGCUCAACCUUUGGGCCAGUUGCUAUGUAAAAUCCCGGGCCGAUUUUUCUUCCCAGUCCAGCCCUGGUCUAAAGCUCUCUAAUCUGUACAAAUCACAAUUCAUACAAUGCUCUUGAUUUUUUUUUUUGGGGGGGGGUUGUGCCAUGGUUUGUAACCAGUAACUGCCCUGUUGUAUUUUACAGUAAAGAGACCAAUAUUACAGCUGGAAUAGCUCCUCUGUAUAGAACAACUGAAGGGUGUCGACCACAAUCUGAUUCCUAGAUCUGAACAGGUGUAGUUACCCAACUCAGAUCCUAGCUCACCGUCAGUGAGAAAUGACAGUUUCAGCACUAUGAUUUCAUUAAACUACUUCUGACACUGCCAGUGAUUUCUGAAGUUUAAAGCUGAUGCCUUGAGAUUUUUCUUUUGUCAUACUAAAACUUUUUUGAAGUGUUCAAACUGAAUUCCAUCUGGAUCGAAGCUCACUUUGCCCGGAAUUUGUAUUUAUAAUAUGUUAAUUGAAAUGUAAUUGUACAGUCUUUUAUAAUAAAUCAUUCUAUG